UGAAUGGUUAAAAUGAUUGCAACAUUUCACAACAAAGCCCGCGUACUUUUAACAAAAUUUUGAUCAAUUUUAAUCGAAAGCAGAAUUUAUCUUAUUGACUUAGUAUCUGUUGUAUCAGUGAAUAGCACAAAAUGGAACAAAAGCAACGCACGGCACAAAAGCAGGCUGAUGCCACCGGAUCAACGGCUGUUGUCAGCGAAGACGAGGAGGAUGCGGGGCCGCUGGAUGUACUGAAAUUGCAGGGCAACAAUAUCAAUCCCAGGGACAUUAAACUGCUGCAACAGGCGAGUCUGCACACUGUGGAGUCUGUGACAUAUGCGACGCGUAGGCAACUGUUGAACAUCAAGGGGCUUGGCGAGUCCAAAGUGGAUCACAUCAUGAAGGAGGCAUCCAAGCUGGUGCCACUCAGUUUCACAAGUGCCCGCACCUUUCACCAAAUGCGCUCGGAAGUUGUCAUGCUGACAACGGGCUCCAAGGAACUGGACAAGCUGCUUGGCGGCGGCAUUGAGACGGGCUCAAUAACUGAAAUCUUUGGCGAGUUUCGUUGUGGCAAGACGCAGAUUUGUCAUACACUAGCCGUGACCUGCCAACUACCUAUUAGUCAGAAUGGCGGUGAGGGCAAAGCUUUAUAUAUUGAUACGGAGGGCACAUUUCGACCGGAACGUUUAUCGGCCAUUGCACAGCGCUACAACAUGGAGGAAGCCGAUGUACUGGACAAUGUGGCCUGUGCCCGUGCCCACAACACGGAUCAGCAAACGAAACUUGUUCAGAUGGCAGCAGGCAUGAUGUUCGAAUCCAGAUAUGCCCUGAUAAUUGUAGAUAGUGCAAUGGCUCUCUAUCGCUCGGAAUACAUUGGACGCGGUGAGCUCGCUGCCCGUCAGAAUCAUUUGGGUUUAUUUCUGCGAAUGCUGCAGCGCCUGGCCGAUGAAUUCGGUGUGGCAGUGGUCAUAACAAAUCAGGUGACGGCACAGGUCGAUGGCGGCGCUGCAAUGUUCCAAGCGGAUGCCAAGAAACCAAUUGGAGGACACAUCAUGGCCCAUGCAUCAACCACUCGCCUAUACCUACGCAAGGGGAAGGGAGAUGCCCGUAUAUGCAAAAUAUAUGACUCGCCUUGUUUACCCGAAUCUGAAGCCAUGUUCGCCAUACUACCGGAGGGUAUUGGUGAUGUCCAGGAAAAAGAUUGAUAAAGCUUGUUAAUAUAUGUUUGUACUUAUUUUAAAUGCAUUCAAUAUCAGAGAAUAUAUGUAAUUUAUAAAACUAA